AUGACAACAAAUGAUAUAAUUAUACCAUUCAAUUUUAUGAAAAAUCUUUGUAAUGAAGAAAUGUUAUUUUGUGAUCAAACACAACCGUCACGAAUUUUGGCAUUCGCUUCAUUAACUGCUUUAAAACAACUUGGUUUAGCUGAAGAAUUAAAAAAAGAAAUUGUAAAACGUGAAAUUGCAAAUAUUUUGUCUUUACCACUGCUGCCACCAAAUAAAAUAAAUGCUGCAUUUCAUGAUUCAGUAGACGUACUUCAAUGUGUCAAUCCAAAUUUUCAAACAUUUCUUAACUAUGUUGAGAAAACGUAUAUUAUUAAUGCUAGAUUUAAUCCAUUAAAUUGGAAUCAUUAUGCAACAUUAACUGAUCGACCACGAACCAAUAAUCAGUAA